AGAUCUCAAGGAUGUCGACCGCGCACGACGCGUAAGCCGCACGGCGCCCGCGUGCUUACGCCGCGGGCGCGUCGCGCCGUCGACCCGGAACUGCCAUGACGCAGUCGACGGGUGCGUUGGAGACGGUGGAUUUCCUCCUCUCCAAGGCAGCUCGCUUGGACAAGGCCCUGAAGUCGCUGCCGAAGACGGACCGAAAAACCUUGCACACCUCGUCCCACAAGCGCGCUCGACGUUUGCUGCGCAACCUCUCCUUCCCAGCCAAGGCGAGUGAGCUGACAGCAGAGAACAUCGAACAUCGCAUUGAUGUGCUGACGGCAGUGAAGAGCUCAGCGGUGUCCUUCGCCAAGAAGAUGCCUCCUUUGACCGAUGCCCUCACCGUGGGUCCGGAUGCCAUCGCGGUGCGGGCUUGCGCCUUGGAAGCUCGAGAAGGUUUGGCCGAGGAUCUCUGUACCGAAGAGAUCUCGAAGACUGGGGCAUCCUUGCAAUAUGUGGAUGCUGAAGGUCUUCUAAAUGAGCCAAGCGCUCAGCCUUGGCCAAGCAUGGAGCAUUUCAGCCACUUCUACGAGACCCCGCCCCACCUGCGGCUGCCCCCACGCCCCGGCGCGGUGGAUCUGGGACCUGCAGCCCUGCCGGCACGGCCCACGAUCGGUGGCUUGGAGGAGGCGAAGGCCAUCGGGAAGUUCCCGAACCUUCUGCCAGCCUUGGUCACCUCAGCGGUGUUGGGCUCCGAGCCGCCGCCAGAGCCGCCGCCCAGCAAGCGGCCCAGCAAGAAUAUCUUCCACUCGACGGCGGCCUAUCGCAACGCCUGUCAUCGAAUGAAAGUCACACCACUGGAGACACUGCCCAUCUUCGGAGAGAUGGUGGAAGUGGUCGGUGCCGACUUGGAUGAGACCCGCCAUGCCUAUGCCCUGGCGGAAGGCGUUCGAGCCUCUACGCCCGUCGGCUUGCGGGUGGAGAACUGCUACAUGACGGACAUGGGGGCCUCCACCGUGAUCGAGGCAGCCUUCGCAGGUGAGCGACUGCAAAGCCUAUCGCUCUCAGGCAUCGCGUUGAGUUAUCGCAGCGCACUGGCGAUCUAUGGAGCUUUGCGCAGAAGCUGCCUCGGCCACUCGUUGCGGUCCUUGAGCCUGGCGGGCUGCGGACUGGGCUGUGACCUCGAGCUGACGCUGCCGCAGAGCGCCCAGCCCGCUUACCUGAAGUGCCGGGGCUUGCUGGAAAGAACUUGUGGAGAUGAGGAGGUUCUUGCAAAGCAAGGUGAUGUUGCAGGACUGAUAUCCGAACACCUACAAGCAACUCAGCCAAAAGCCGCGGCCAACAUGGCAGGUGAUGACCUGUCCCCUUCAGCAAGUGCUCCCAGCGCUCCCAGCCCAGCGCCAGAGGUGGCCUCCGAAGCGGCUGAGGCGGAGGAGGCGGAGGAACCGCUGGUCUCGCCGGUCUUGUUGCCCGUCUUUUCUCAACUGAUGCAGUCCCAUGUGACGACCCUCAACUUGUCGCAGAGCUGGCUCUCUCCAAGCUCUGUGACAGCGUUAUCCAACAGUCUUCCUUCGACGCAGAUCGAGAUCAUAAAGUUGGAGGAAUGCGGAUUGGAUGACGCGGCCUUGCAGGAG